AUGGCGAUUCUUGACAAAAUAUUCGGGUCUUCCAACCCUUCGAUAGCACAGCAAAUCGAAGCCAAGGGCUUCGAAAUCAGCAAAUGCCCAGAAACAUGCGCAGACUGCUCCGUCACCUACCCGAAAUCACUCAAAUUUGAAGAAACCGAGCCGUUGUGGGACUCGACAAAGCCAUAUGGAUUGCACCUCAAUAUCGCCACGGGAAAAACCGACUGGCCACACGAUGCUACGGGGACCCCAGAUACCUUGUCCAAUGCUGUCGCUGCAUGGGGCUCGGCUCAUCUGAACACGACGCCGCUUGGCAAUAUCAAAGUUACAUGCUGCAGUUUAGGCAGUGACGAAUUGUUCACCGACGACGAAUACAUUGCUGAGCAAAAAGGAGAUAUCUUAGUAUUGCCCUUCUUUUUAUGGAUCAAGGGUGUUCAAAUUGAACAAGUCGACGCAGUAUUGACUCGAUUACUCGAUAUACUUGCCAAAAAUCUGCACCCCGUGGUUCCAGCAACCACCCUCAAGGAACUCCAGCAGCACAUCCCGCAACUUUCAGUCGAUGCCAACCGAGCUUACAUCUUCAUGUGUUCGCAUCGCACGCGCGAUAAACGAUGCGGCGUCACUGCCCCCAUAAUGAAAAAGGAGCUAGAUAUCGUCUUGCGGGAACGCGAACUUUAUCGCGAUCACGGCGACAGCACCCCCGGUGGCGUUACUGUUGCCUAUGUGAACCACAUUGGAGGCCACAAGUUUGCUGCGAACGUCAUCAUAUAUUUACGAGAAAACGGAAAGAAUAUCUGGUUGGGGUUGUGCAAGCCUAAUAACGUGGUUCCCAUUGUUGACGAGUGCAUAUUGGCUGGUGGCAAAGUUUGGCCCGAUAAAGUCCGCAUGGUGCAGAAACUUGACGUUGUAGAAUGGUGA